AUGGUGAAGGGUACUGGUUGUCAAUUCAUGGUGAUUGUCUUGGUUUUUAUGGGUUUGGCAGUGCACGAAAGCGCCAUUGAAGACCCAUUAUACGCUACCGCCAUUGAAGAAGUAGAAGAUGACGAAGGCGGAUGUUCGUUAGCUCUUCAAGCUUUGUUGAAGGAGGUGACUGUUGGUGAAGAGUCAUACAAGACUCCAACCAAAGGAAAGAGUCGUGUGGCUAUAAGCUUCGAAAUCGAAGAGUUUGCAAAUGUAGAGGUUUCCCUUCCUCCACCUGAACCAGGAAUGAUCUUUGAUAGUUGGAAAAAAAUAGACUCAUAUUUUAGGGACUAUGGAAAACAACAAGGUUUUGGUGUAGUCCGUCCAAGUGGAGCAACAAUAGGGAAAGGUUCUAAUGCUAAGGACAAGCGGAGUGUGACAUGGACAUGUGAAUGUUACGGUAUGCCUAGUAGGAGGGGCAAGAAAACUGAUGCCCCCACAUUUGUUUCGGAUUCACAAAUAUAUGACGAAGUUUGUCUUAAACGAAAGAGCAAAAAAGUGCAAUGCCUGGUGAAAUUAUAUGUAAAGUUGAAUGAAGGUGGUGAUUGGGUAGCUGAUAAAGCCAUUCUAGAACAUAAAGGUCAUUCACCAACACCAGGGAAGUCCAAGAACACCACUAAGUUUAGGAAGAAGUUCUUGACGGACAACCCGCACAUUCUUAAACAAGUAUUCAAUGACCGCAUGGCGGGUGUUCUAGUUGCAAAGAUAUUCAAUUGUAUGGCCCGUCAAAGGAAUGGCCGAGAGGAGAUGCAAUUUACUCAAAAGGAUUUGCAUGAUGAGGUUGCAAAGCAAGGUAAAAUCAUAUUUGAGGAAGGUGAUGCAAAGGGAAUGUUUGCUUACUUCAAAAGGAUGGUGGAUGAUAACCCACUUUUUUCCAUACCCAUCGAGUGGAUGAUUUGGGUAGUCUCCAAGAUGUAUUGUGGGUCGAUGCUAGGAGCUGGGUUGCCCUAUUGGGAUCCUAAUGGAUCAAGAUCCGGCGAUGAGGAAAGCAUUGAAAGUGACUACGCAAGGAACCGUUCAUCGAUGUGUAUUUGGCACAUUACCCAAAAAUUUGCCAAGAAGUUUGGGAAGCUUAAAAAUUACACUAAAAUUGAAACUGAUCUUGAGAGUGCAAUUGAUGACAGUCUUGCUUGUGAAGAGUUUGAGGCUAAUGGGCUUGAGGCAAUAAAGAAGCAUGAACUAGAAGAUGAUGAAUGGCUUCAAGCUUACACUGAUUUCCCGGCUGAGUUGGUAUUUCAGAAGAUUUAUACGGAUGCAAAAUUUAAGGAGGUGCAACGAGAGUGCAAUCGUGUAAUUUAUGUAAGUGAGAUCCAUCGGAAUCGGGUUUCUGACAUAAUAACUGAGUUCGUUGUGGAGGAUAGAGUAUGGUAUAAGCCUAAAGGAUCGCGUAAAGAAAAUUCGUCCAAGAGAAAGAGAGAGUACAAGCUUUCAUUUGACAGUUCAACCAAGCACGUAACUUGUGACUGUCGUCACUUUGAGUUUCAUGGGAUUAUUUGUCGUCACAUCAUUAGGGUUUAUCAGAUUAAUAAUUACUAUGAGAUACCAUACUAUUAUAUUCUUAGGAUGUGGAGGAAACAUGUGAUACGGAAACACACAAGGGUGAAAGUGUGCUAUCAUGACCCAAGUAAAGCCGAGGAAGUUUGUAGGUAUGACAAAAUGAUGGUCAGGUUUGGUACGUUGUGUUCGAAUGCUUCGGGUUCCAUUCAAACUACUGUAGUAGUGAUGCAAGCACUGUAG